AUGGAGACAGGUUCUGGGGAUCCCCCAUCUCCGCCCCCUCGACCCCAUGCCUCUCGUUCGGUCCUCCACGUUCUCAAGCGGAGGGCUCCGACUCCCGAGGCCUUAGAAGUGGCUACGAACGGCAGCAAGCCAGGUUUGCCUCUGGCCACAGCCAAUGAUGCAACAACAACCAUGGAUCCCGGAGAAGCCACCCUGCCAACUGGCACUACGACCCCGGCAGCACCUUGCAACGCUACAGAGGUGACAUUAACCACGAUGAUGGCAGAGAUAACCCUGGUGGCCAACAAUACUGGAAAGGGGGCAGAUCCUGGAGAGACGAGGUCUGAAACCCUAGCCAUGGGUUCAGGAGAUGGGUUUUCAGCAGACAUGGGACCUGUGGUCAAUUCGGUGGCUCCUGUCCUCGCUAAGGCUAUCGUGAGUGACAGCGUGGGGAUGUCAUCAUCCGUGGCUUUGCCAAGAGACGUGGUAGUGAAACCCCUACCGGUUCCACCAGCUUCACCGACGGUGAUCGUGGUGGCCCCAAGUCCUAUGACCCCACCGGAGAAGACUUCACCAACAUCUCCAGAGGGUUUCACACCUCAUGACUUUUCCGCUCCUCGGCCCCCUCAAGACAUGGGUUCCCAGUCUAGUCUGGGCACUACUGCAUCCAAAGUCCCUCCGGCUUCUGAUACUUUGAGUUAUUUAGAUUCUGUUAGUCUCAUGUCAGGCACGUUGGAGUCACUGACUGGUCCUGGAUUCCUUGACGAUGCUAGCUCUCUGGGGUCCGAUUCUGAAAUCAAUGGACUUGCCUACCGUAAGACUGAUAAAUAUGGCUUCCUGGGGGGCAGCCAGUAUUCUAUUACACUGGAAAGCGCCAUCCCCGUGGACGUGGCCAGGCAGAGGGAACUUAAGUGGCUGGACAUGUUUUCUCAUUGGGACAAGUGGCUGUCACGUAGAUUUCAGAAGGUGAAAUUGCGGUGCCGGAAGGGGAUUCCCUCUUCUCUCCGUGCCAAAGCAUGGCAGCUACUCUCAAACAGCAAGGAGCUUUUGGAUCAAAAUCAGGGAAAAUUUGAGGAAUUGGAGCGUCAGCCCGGUGAUCCCAAAUGGCUAGAUGUUAUUGAGAAGGACCUCCAUAGGCAAUUCCCUUUCCACGAGAUGUUCGCAGCUCGGGGAGGCCACGGGCAGCAGGACCUCUAUCGCAUCCUGAAAGCCUAUACCAUCUACCGGCCCGAAGAAGGUUACUGCCAAGCACAAGCACCCGUAGCUGCAGUUUUGCUGAUGCAUAUGCCCGCAGAGCAAGCUUUCUGGUGCCUGGUGCAAAUCUGUGAGAAAUAUCUUCCUGGAUACUACAGUGCUGGAUUGGAGGCAAUCCAGUUAGACGGGGAGAUCUUCUUUGCACUUCUCCGACGAGCGUCUCCCAUCGCCUAUCGUCACCUGAAGAGAUACAAGAUCGAUCCCAUCUUGUAUAUGACCGAGUGGUUUAUGUGCAUCUUCUCCCGGACCUUGCCUUGGUGCUCCGUGUUACGCGUGUGGGAUAUGUUUUUCUGCGAAGGAGUGAAGAUAAUUUUCCGGGUGGGCUUAGUGCUACUCCGGAACGCCUUGGGCUCGGUGGACAAGCUGCGAUCUUGUCAAGGCAUGUAUGAGACAAUGGAGAAAUUGCGAAAUCUCCCCGUUCAGGCCUUGCAGGAGGAAUACUUGGUCCACGAGGUGAUUAAUAUUCCAGUUACUGAAGCCCUCAUCGAGCGAGAGAAUACCACCCAGCUAAAAAAAUGGCGGGAAACUCGGGGGGAGCUCCAGUACAAGCCCUCCCGCCGACUCCAUGGCUCACGAGCCAUCCUCGAGGAGCGCUACCGUAUGAACCCUCCCCUGACCGCCAGUGCCAGCCUCCUGAGCCUCACAGGGCUAAAACACAGGGUUGCCCUAGGCAGCAUCAGUGGCCCCUCCUUCUCCCCAGCUCAUUCCAUAAGUACCCUGGCUGAGUCCCCUUCCCCGCUCUUUCCUGCUGCCCAGAACCAGGUGGUGGUCUCUGAAGGUCUUCAUGCUGCCCUGCCCUCCCCUACUGGGAACAAUACCCCCUUAGGUGGCCCUAAGAAAAGCAGCAGCAGCAAAGUGGAAAAGCGGAAAGAAAAAGAACGGGAGAAGCAAGAGAAGAUAGAGAAGGAGAAGCAGAAGCUGCAGAAGGAGCGGGAGAAGAAGCUGCAGAAGGAGCGGGAGAAGCAGGAAAAGGAGCGGGAGAAGAAGCAGCAGAAAGAACGAACCAAAGAGGAAGCCAAGCUAAAGAAAGAAAGAAAGAUGUCUUUGAGGAAGAAAGAACCCAAAUCAGCCCCUGAAGAUGGAAAAGAUGGGGAAACCCCAGGGGGGUCUGUGCUCCAGGACACUUAUUUUUGAAUAAUACUGAGGGGUGGGACAACACAAGGCUGAACAACUCCCGAGGACCAAGAAGAUGGUUGCCACUAGAGACAUAGUGUGGUUGAAGGACCCAAAGGACCGGAGGACGUACGCCAAAGGGACUCACUAUUGGACGUGGAAAACCCCCAGACUGAAGGUGAGAGAGCGUUGGAGGAGAAUUACUUAGGGUCCACGUGUUUACCUCUUUCGUGUGCCUGAGAUGGGCUGGAGUCCCCCAUUCUGCUCUCCUCGACCGUAAUGAUCAGAGAGAAAAGGUCCAUGGUAGCUGCUGUGCUCUAUGCAUGGAUAUGGAACUUGGUGGCCCCGUGUGAAUUUCACCACAACCGACAAAUGCAACUGCACUACCCUCCUCUGUUCCCUCCAAGCUGGCAGCCUAACCACGGAAGUAAUUGCAUUCUUAACAAGUACUUUGUACGGAACCGCCUCCUUUUACAACUCUCUAACCACUCCAGGGAUGACAUCACCUCCCUGAGCAGAGAGGCCAAAUAUGGACUCUGGCCCUUCCCCGAUAUUAACAGGCACGUUCUGCCAUUGCAAGGUGGAUUGGCCCUUUUAACAUUAUCGCAUAUUUUCCCCCAAUUCUCCUCAAGCUGAUGGGCUCCACAAGGCACUUAGGAAACAUC